GUUUAUAUAUAAGGCGGCAUGAAGCCGCGGCGUGCAUUCGGGAAGGCCUGCAAGCAAGCUGGUAUCGUUGGGCUUCGAGAGAGCACCCCUGCGCUGGCGUCUGGGGGGUGGGCGGAGGCUUUGGUGUCCAGGCCGUAGGUGUGGAGGCAGAGAGUAAGGUGUGGUGUUACCAAGUGAUUGCAAGUGGGGAAAGGCGGAGAAGCGAGAGAACAACUCAGCCAUUUCGGGGGAAGAGGAAGUUGGACGACAUCGGCUGUGUAGUGCUUUUUUUCCCCAGUUCAGCAAAGAAUAUUCCCGAGGGGGGUGAGUUAAAAAGACCUAUCGUAUUUUACUGAGAACCGUUCGUAGGAAGACAGCUAGGACGCUCCACUCCUUCCCCUCUACUUUGAGAUUUUCACUGAAGCCCUUCUAAGUAGGUGGGCAAAGAGGGGGUUGUGCUAUCAGAAUCGUGAAUAAUUCAUGAACCCGCCUCUUUCGUUGGGAACCACGCCCUCGAAUCGUGCUGACGUACUUUGCGUGUACCGAACUUGAGGAAGCGACGUAACAGUCCCCGCCCCUAGGGCGGAGGGCUGGGCAUCUUCUCCAGCACGUGCUGCAUCUACCCGCGCAAGCCCAAAAGGGUGUGCGCAGGCGCUGCCCACUAGGGGGAGGAAGGAGGCGGGGUAGGGAGGUUGUUGGGUUUAGAGCCGGGCGGAGACGGCUGAGACUCAUUCCUCAGGAACAAGGGUCGGGUGUCAAGGAGAUCUUUUCACACCAGCUCCUGUCCCCCGCCUACGGUGGGUGGGAUCGCGCGGCAGAGACAAAAAGGAUAGCAAUAGGGCCGGACAUAGGUGCGAAGGAAAGUAGGGUGUCAGUUUGGGGUGGUGGGCUUUUCGGGGGGCCGAGGGGGGAAUGUAUUUAAACUCCCGGAGCCGUUAAGUUGGUUCGUACUCUGAUGCGCGCGCAACCAGGGUAGUGGCGGAGUGCGCAUGCGUGGCUCCGGGACGAGAGGAACGCGCUCCAGCAGUGCGCGCUCGCGGCAAAGAGGUAGUGGUAGAGGAGAAAGGGGCCGGCGCACGCGCGGUUGAUUCCUUGAGUUGUUCGGGUCUCGCGGGCAUCUUGUUUUGGUCUCGCGGGCGAGUGGGGCGCGCUUUGGGGGGAGGUGCUUGGAGUCGAGACUAAGCGAUAAGAGCCGAGCUGCGCGCGCACUCGGGAAAGGGGGAAGGGAGCGGGGUCUAGGAAAGGGGGGUCAUCCCCCUCAAACCCUGGUUACCCUCGACUGGGACGGAAUAAGGGGAGGAAAUGAUCGAGAUGGCGGCGGAGAAGGAGCCGUUUCUAGUGCCGGCCCCGCCGCCGCCGCUUAAAGAGCAGUCGGGCGGAAGGGGCGGCCCCACGGUGCCACCGCACCAAGAGGCCGCCUCUGGGGAGCUCCGCGGCGGGACGGAGCGUGGGUCGGGCCCUCGCGCACAGUCGGCUGGGGUUCCAGCUUCUGGGGCCGGCAAGCAGAGCCCGGGGGUUGCACAGCACCGAGGGGGCGGCCCCCAGGCACUGUCGCACGGGGAGGCCCGCUUGUCGGAUCCUUUCGGGCGAGCCGCUCCCCCAGACGUGGGGGAGGAGCGACGGGGCGGGGGCGGAACAGAACUGGGUCCCCCUGCCCCUCCUCGACCCCGUAAUGGCUAUCAGCCCCACCGACCCCCUGGGGGUGGUGGAGGCAAAAGGAGAAAUAGCUGUAAUGUAGGAGGAGGUGGUGGAGGCUUCAAACAUCCGGCCUUCAAGAGGCGCAGGCGGGUUAAUUCGGACUGUGACUCUUUAUUACCCUCCAACUUCCUCCUGGGGGGCAAUAUUUUUGAUCCACUGAACCUGAAUAGCCUCCUGGAUGAGGAAGUGAGCCGAGCACUCAAUGCGGAGACCCCUAAGUCAUCUCCCCUUCCGGCCAAAGGGCGAGACCCCGUGGAAAUCCUCAUCCCCAAAGACAUUACUGACCCACUCAGUCUCAAUACUUGCACUGAUGAGGGCCAAGUAGUUCUUGCUUCACCCCUCAAGACGGGUCGGAAACGGCAUAGACACCGGGGACAGCACCAUCAGCAGCAGCAGGCAUCUGGAGGGAAUGAUAGCCACUCUGUGCUGCCCACAACCCCUCUCACUCCUUCACUUCACGGGGAGGGCACCACACAACAGCAGCGGCAUAGGGGCCAGAACCGGGAUGCACCCCAACCCUAUGAACUCAACACAGCCAUCAACUGCAGGGAUGAAGUUGUGUCUCCCCUUCCAUCUGCCCUGCAGGGUCCCUCAGGCUCCCUUCCAGCCCCCUCAGCUGCCUCAGUUACCUCUGCAUCCUCAUCUUCCUCACGACAUCGAAAACGCCGCAGGACUUCCAGCAAGUCAGAGGCAGGGGCUAGGGGUGGAAGCCAUGGUUCCAAGGAAAAGGGCCGAGGGAGUGGGGGAGGACGCCACCACCACCCACUACCUGCAGCAGGCUUCAAAAAACAACAGCGCAAGUUCCAGUAUGGGAAUUAUUGCAAGUACUAUGGGUACCGCAAUCCUUCCUGUGAGGAUGUACGUCUACGGGUAUUGAAACCUGAGUGGUUUCGGGGCCGGGAUGUCCUCGAUCUGGGCUGCAACGUUGGCCACCUUACCCUGAGCAUUGCCUGCAAGUGGGGCCCAUCUCGCAUGGUGGGCCUGGACAUUGAUGCCCAGCUUAUCCAUUCUGCCCGCCAAAACAUCCGGCACUACUUGUCUGAAGAGCUGUGUCUCCCAUCUCAAACUUCUGAGGGGGAUCCAGGGGCAGAGGGUGAGGAAAGAACCACCACUGUCCGAAAGAGAAGCUGCUUCCCAGCAUCGCUGACAGCCAGCCGGGGUCCCAUUGCUGCACCCCAAGUGCCCUUGGAUGGAGCAGAUACAUCAGUCUUCCCCAACAACGUUAUCUUCGUCACGGGUAAUUAUGUGCUGGAUCGAGAUGAGCUGGUGGAGGCACAGACACCAGAAUAUGAUGUGGUGCUGUGCCUCAGCCUCACCAAGUGGGUGCAUCUGAACUGGGGAGAUGAGGGGCUGAAGCGCAUGUUUCGCCGGAUUUAUCGGCACCUACGUCCUGGGGGCAUCCUGGUCCUGGAACCCCAACCCUGGUCAUCCUACGGCAAGAGAAAGACACUGACUGAAACAAUCUACAAGAACUACUACCGAAUCAAGCUGAAGCCAGAGCAGUUCAGUUCUUACCUGAUGUCCCCAGAGGUGGGCUUCUCUAGCUAUGAGCUUGUGGCCACACCACAUAACACCUCUAAAGGCUUCCAGCGUCCUGUGUACCUAUUCCACAAGGCCCGUUCCCCCAGCCACUAAGUGGACCCCUGAACAGGAAGUAUGAAGAGCCUGCUGUCACUGCUUCUGAGGACCUGGGGGAAGAGGAAAGUAUCCCAAGGCUGGCCUUUCCUUUCUGACUCCAAAAAUAGUUUCCUUUCUUGGAUCUGCAGAGAAAGCUUUUCUUACGUUGCUGCCCCAGCCUCCCCUACACUUCUGGCACCUAAGCAGCAAGCCCAGCUGUGCUGGAGUUACCAUCAUCUUCCUCUCCCCCAGCCUCCUGGGCUGGAUGGCAUGGACUGUUUGCCUACCCGUUCUCCUAGGGCUUGGGAGGUAUGGACAAUGUCAAAAUCUGUAUCCCCUUCCUCCUGUUCUCCCAACGACAGAGAUUCCCAUUUCUCCUUGUCCCUAGCUGCAUUUCAGUGGACUAUGGAUAGAUGGACUGAAGGUUAGAGGGGGAAGCUUGGCAGGGAGGCACACAGGUACUGUGAAAAUCCUUCCCGCUGCUGUCCCCCAGUGGGAGAAGGGGUUGGGUUUUGAAUGUGAGAACAGCACAAUAAACUUGAUGUCUAGGGCAGUGGCCCCCACA